AUGUCAAACGACAAACGGCAGUUUAUCCCACUCACGGAGUGUUUCAUACAUGGUGGUGCUAGGCUCAAUGCCGAUGCAGGCGAAUUCGCACUCUCGUUCAUCGUAACCUCUUUUCUUGAGAACUUUUGGCGCAACCUUCAUGAAAAUCAUGGUCUACUGUGGACGCUCGUACAAAUUCGCCUAGGUGACGGUGCACAGGACACAGUACUCGGUUUUGACGUGGGGUCGGAGGCUGUUAAUCAUGCUGUGGCCACCUUGACGACAGGAUAUAAGAGCGUCCGGUGCCCGCCGAUCACUGGUCUACCGGAAGUGACAGAGUCGGUGUUCACGACCGUGCUGUCAGAAGAUAACCAACUUCGCUUGGAGAGUAUCGGAGAAGAAAGCUUCAACUAUAGGUAUCUACGGCCACAGGACACUCCAACCAGCUACCAGCCGGGACAAUACAUUUUGCCACAGGAAAGUGCCUUCACGAAGCCUGCUAAACACUUCAUUCUAUUCAAGGAUUCUCUGUCACUCCGAUCUCCACGGGGUGUUUCGAUGACGGAAUGUCUGCAUCCAUCGACGUUGCGGCUGGAUGGCAAGCGUGAGCCUGUCGAGUCGAUCCGGAACCAUCAGUUCAUUAUGCUUCAAAUCUUUUGGCCAGGGUGCACACCGUGGGCGCGAGUUUUGCAAGUUAACAACGACGAAGGUUCCGUGGUGGACCGCUGCAAGCUAGCGGCGAUGGUUGCUGCAUCUUUCCGUGACAUGUUCAUGGAGGACGCAGUGCCGCCCAGGCGAGAUGGUUCACCGGCACGGUUAACAGGUUUACGUUUCGAGCAACUGCAUCUGGUCAAGUUAAGUUCACUUGAUGGAGUCAACUGGGAAGCCGAGGUGAAUGUAUUGACUCGUGCUUGGAUUUGA